GGACCGACGCCCCCGAACAUGGUGCCGCCGAAGGAGCCGCCCCCGGGCCCGCCGAAGCCCGUUUCGGUGCAGACGGUCCAGACGGUGUUGGCGUCGCUGGCGAAGCACAUCCAGAGCGGCGGCAAGGCGGGAGUACCCAAGAGGGGCGUGGUGGUGCCGCCCCCGAACAAGGGGCACCUGGUGAACCCGAAGCUCGCUGGGCUCGGGCAGAUACGUGCCGCUCUCGUCAGCGCGGUGUUCACGCGGCUGGACAUCGAUUGCGACGAGAUACUGACGCCGCGCGAGAUGCGCCGCUUCGCCGAGCUCACCGGCUUCGACGGCGACGAGGAGGAGUGGAAUCAGGCCUUCAAGGCACUUAUGAAGGAGAACGGCAUGCCAGACGCGACAGGAAGCCGCGGCGGCAAAUUGCGUUGCCUUCCUGCUCGGGGUGCUUUGUUUAUUCAGGAGGGCAGAUUGGCACCGAAGGGUCUGCCUAUCAACCGGAGUUGCUGCGCUCAGGCUUAG